ACCUACUUUAGAGUACAAAAAAUCUUCAUUAGCGACUAGGAUGGCGGUGAGGUGGUUGUCUCUCGUGGUGGUGCUGGUGACAGCGGCGGGGGCGGUGGGUGAUGUGCCUAUAUCUGAUGAGUUGUUCUACCGAGCGCCGAGACUGUUUCACCUCGACGACUACGACAGGUGCCAGUUCCAGAAUGCCACCUUCUGCAUGGGUGUCUUCGAGAUCAGCCCCGAGGGUGAAGAAGGUUUCAAACUCUACCAAGAGAUGAUGAAAGUAUCCGAGUUCGGGUUCCGUCAGAACCGUUCAGUGCUGUACCGGGGGAUAUGCCUGGCUUCAUGUGACCCAGGAGACCAGGACCCAGAAGCCAAAUUGGAAGAAAAAGACCCAGCAGCGAAAUUUGAGCGCUGCGUUGACCACGAACUGAAGAAGAAGUAUGACUUGCGCGCGCGCCUGCAGAAACUCCAGUACUGUAAAAGCAAACAGAACCCAGGCAUUCGUAAAAGGGAUUUCACCGAUUGGCUCCUGGCUGCUGUGGUCGUAAUUAUUGUAUUAUUGAACGUCGUUGGGACCCUUUACGAUUUUAAGAAGGACCCCUGUGUCAAACCCAACAAGUUCCUCAUGGCGUGGUCGCUCCGGAGCAACUGGAACCGCCUCACUGCCGUGCACAGCGGCGACCAGCGGCUGGACGCGCUCGCUCCCAUCCAUGGCAUCAAAGCGCACAUGAUCCUGUUGGUCAUUUUCUCCCAUACCACGUUUGCUAUGACCAUGGUCUACCCACAUGAUGAAAGGAUAGUGGAUGACCUAGGUGAUUCCAUUGGGGCCACCAUCGGCACCAACGGUACGAUAGUAGUCCAGACAUUCACCAUGGUCUCCAGCUUUCUGCUGGGCUACAUGAUCCUCACCAACUUCGAGAAGGCGAAGAAGUCGCCCAACGUCAAGUACUGGCCGGUCAUAGUUUUCAGCAGAUAUAUGCGAAUGGCCCCGACUUUGAUAUUUGUGGUGGGUCUCACCGCUACCUGGAUAGCAGGCUUAGCGAGUGGCCCCAUGUGGAACCUGGUGGAGGAGUUGGAGGGUGCCUGCCGUAGGAAGUGGUGGUCACAGCUGCUCUUCAUCAACAACAUCGUGGACCCAGACGACCGUUGUCUUGUGCAGUCAUGGUUCUUCGCGGUAGAAAUGCAGCUGUUCAUGGGCGCCGUGGCCUUGGCUCUGCUGCUGGCCAUGAAGCCUCGCUGCGCGCUGCGUGUCAUCAGCGCGCUGUACGUCGUCACUUUGGGAGUCAACUUCGCGCUCAACUUGUCUUGGAAGAUGCAACCCGUCGUUAAAUUUGCUACCACCGAUCAAGUCCGAACGAUGGCGGUGGGAGUGGACUCGUACACCUGGAUGUUCUCCGCCACUUGGACCAGCAUCCCCUCCACUUUGCAUGGACUCUUCCUAGCCUUCCUCAAAUACCAGCUGGAGAAGACUGGCUUUAAGCCUGACAAGCAUAAGUGGAUUACCAAGAUGACAUACAUCCUGUACGGCUGCAUGAUCACGUGGCUGCUGGGCGGAGACCUGGUGAAGCGGAUAGACGACCCGUUCUGGCUGGCGGUGUACGCCACGCUGGACAGAAACGUCUGGAAUCUCAUGGUCACCUUCCUCGUCUUCGCUUAUAUCCAUGGACAAGGCGGUUACGUGGUUCCAUAUCUGAGUUGGGGCGGGUUCCAGAUCAUGAGCCGCGUGGUGUUCCCGGCCAUGCUGGUGCACUGGCACGUCAACCUCAUGUCGGUCGCUGCCUACCCCGCGCCUGUCCACGUCACCUAUAAUACUAUGAUGCUGAAUUUGGUGUCCAGCAUAAUGGUGACGAUGAUGUUCUCUAUUCCGCUGCACCUGCUGGUGGAGCUGCCGAUGCAGAAGAUGUUGAGUUAGACCAUACUAACAUAGUAGCAGAAUAUUGAGCCAAAGCUGCUACUGAAGUGAAGAUGAUGGGAGAAUUAGAAUUAAGUUUAACGCUAUACUAAUCAGAACAUAAUAUUAAGCGUCUAUUGAUAAAUGAACUAGACUAAAUACUAACUUUACAAAUGAAGUAAGUCGCGGAAGUGUUUGAGAAUGCAAUUAAAGUGCAUAGUGAAGCCACCGUUUGAAAUAUUAUUUUUAUAUUACGAUCCAAAUUGUCAGAUUUCAUCUUUACUUAACUAAGAGAACUUUGGACUACAAUGUCCUUGUUCAGAAUGUUGUUUGCAUGACUUGUACAUUAUUGUCUGUUUCGCAUUAGUGUUGUAACGCAUUCAUUGACGUCAAAGCUGUGUGUUUAACAAGACACAAGUGCCGUAGAUGAAACAUUGUCACAACAACCUUAUCUUGUGCUUAUGUAAUUCGGGUGUACUGGUCUGAAAACUGUUCUCAGAUAUUUAGAUUUAUUUUCAAAAUUGGAUACAAGGUAUCACUUAUAAACGUCACAUCACUUAAAUUUAGUUAUAACUACUACCACCUGCUUCCAACGCGCAUGUGUAAAGAAACGGUGGAACAAAUUACACUGCAGCAUUUUUACCGGACGUCGACGAUCUCUUAAUUUGUUAUAUCUCGAUAUUUGGCCUACGAACGGUUCGAUGACAUAAUUUUGAUAUUGGACAACUUGCCAUUUUUCAUCUUUUUCACGAGGAAUAAGUUUCCGCAAUUAAGCCGCUCUCUGGCAGCCCUUUUUUGGGCUUAAUCGUCUUUAGUUAAACCAUCCCAGCUCCCCCAGAAAGCGAAGUACCGCCAAUGGCGAGGAGCAGGCCAGCAAGGUUCAAUCCCGACAGGACCUCUCCGAUAGAAGUUUUCUUCAACGAAAUUGACUCUUACUUUGUGUUUCAUAUAGGAAUUUAUGAUUAUUUAGGAUAUUUAUAAAUAAAACACAUUCGAGCUUCGCUUGCAUGAUGACGCAAUCCCAAACUGAUUUAUUUUCUUGUAUGGCCGUUACAAACUGUUAGUCUAUCUCUCUUGACAAUGACAUUGACACUAAUAUGACACACUUUGGACGACGAGAAUUGAGAACAGUAUUAGGACUUAAGUUUAGUGUACUGUUGUUCUGUUUCCGUGCGAAUUAUUUUUUAUGUUUUAAAUUACACUUACCUAUAAAAAUGUCCAGUAAAAAUUAUUUUUUAUAUUGACAGGUUUGAUAUAUUAAUGGUCAGGACAGGACAGAUAUUAAAUAGUUUUAUUGGCAGGACACAAGCGGGGUACAGAUUUUUGGUCACUUGUAUUUGUUCAUUAAUUGUAAAUUAUUUUUACUGACACCACCGAUAAUUUACAGACUUUUUUUAAAUAAAAAUUAAUAGGA